AUGGGAGCAUUCUCCUUUAUUCGGCUUGCUCUGCUCGGCUUUGUCUGGGCACUUUCAAUCGCCGUUCUUGGGAUUGCUGCCAACGAUAUUGCGUUAUCUGUUGGUUCUUUAUGGUCAUUUCCAAGUAUUGCCCUUGCUGCGUCAAUCGUCACGCAUGCUAUUGCUACUCCAAUGAUUAUAAUUUCGAUGGCUAGAACAGGUGCAGCGGCCUCGCGCGUCAUCGUCGAACUAGCUUGGGUCGGAGUGCUCUGGCUCGUGUGGCUGCUAGUUGCCGUGGUCACAACCUCGACGCCAGUUUUCACUCUGUCUUGUGGUGAAUACAAGCAAUUCUUUGGCGAUGAAGCUGCAUCUGAAUGCAUACAAUUCACGCUGCUCCAAGUUUUCGCAUGGCUUAAUUCAGCAGUUCUUCUUUCUUACGCCCUACUUGUGUUCACCCUCGCUCUUGUUCAGAAUAUGCGGACCAAGCCCACAGACAAGAAGACGAAUGCGUUCUACCUUGACGCAUCUCUCCUCUCAUUCCGGCCCAAAGAUGUACAGACCACGAGGAAGGGAUCAAACUACGCCACUGAAAAGGCAGAUUUGACGCUUCCUAUGCCUGUCGCACUCACCGCCUUGAGCGACGACGAAAGCAAGAAGGGUAGCCCGCCUUCAAACCCGCAUGCCUUUUGGACGGAGCGACUUUCACGCACAUCAUCUAUCAGCUCCGAAAGGCGCUACCCGAGCGGGGUUAUGACGGGUUCAUUCCCAUCUUUAAACCUUUCAUCCCAACAAGUCCAGCCGCCACGAGCGUCUCGGGCGUCCUCCCAGCGAACAUCCCCCCAACAUCACCGAGCUACCAGCUCCUCGCAGGUUUACCAAUCACAGGCAUCCCCACUAGCCAAUUCGCUCCAAGCGUCUACACUAGGGUACCCAGCGGACAAGAGGAAAGGUGAAGAAGGGACAAGUGGACACUAUCGAAGUACGUCGCGUGGAAGUGUAAGCUCCAUGAAGACGACGACGAGCGGCGGCUCGGGCCACCAUCGACCAGCGCAUGUGCCCUCGCCUUUGCGAAAGCCCGUUCCUUUCCCAACGCCUGAUCGAGCCUCCGUCUCCACGAGGACAUCGAUCGUGUUGACGAGCGAGGAACGCAAAUACGGACGCCAACCAUUCGAACAACAACGAUACUAA